CGCAAAUUUUUAGCUUCGUAGACUUUUUCGUUUCUAAUAACAGCGUCUGAAAUAUCUGAGACUUGCAUGAGCAGGUCAAAUAAAGACUUCAUGUCAUGGAUUCGCGGGUAUGUACGUAACUAUGCCUUUCUCCACGUUUUCCUCGUCACUGCAUGUAUUUUCCUGCCAUGGUGGAUCAAAAAUGGAGCGAACGACGAGUCUGGGAUAUUCGCCGAAUUGAGGCAAUUUGGAGGAGAAAAGUGCGCCUCUUUACCCCAUACCGACAGCGUUUUCGUGAUUAUGAAGACUGGUACUACGGUUCUACAUAAAAGGCUACCGGUUCACUUGGAGUCGACUUUCAAAUGUAUCCCGGACUACAUCGUCUACUCGGAUGCGAGCGAGUCCGUGCAUGGCCUCGAUAUUCAUGAUAUCCUAUCUCAAAUUGAUGCCGAGAUCAAGGAUCAGUUUCCAACCGAAUUUGCGCUUUAUAAUCGGCUUCAUGGGCAAGAAAGCUCAACAUUAUCCACCAACCAAGGAUGGAAGCUAGAUAAAUGGAAGUUCUUGCCAAUGAUGAAAAGCGCACUGGGCGCAAGGCCGAAUGCGAUGUGGUUUAUAUUCAUUGAAGAUGACACUGCUGUUGUGUGGUCUAACUUGCUGCAUUGGCUUGCGACACACGAUCCCAGUGAAUUCUAUUACUUUGGACGAAGACAAGAAGUUGCAAACCGACCCUUUGCUCAUGGUGGCUCGGGCUUCAUACUUUCUAAUCCUGCGUUACGGAAAGCAGUGAUGUAUUUGAUGCCUCGAAUGAACCAGUACUUUAAUCUGACAAUGCAAAUGUCUUACGGCGACAUUUCAACUGGAUGGAUGCUAGAAGAUAGUGGGGUUUCAUUGAUUGAUACCUGGCCCUCAUUUCAAGGCGAGAACCCAGGAAAGCUUCAGUAUACAGAGCAAAUUUGGUGUCGGCCUGUGAUGACACAUCACCAUAUGUCACCGCGGGACAUAGCAUCCUUGUGGAUGUUGGAGCAGAGGACCCUCCUUGAUAGAAGAGAUGUCGAGAUGGGCGCAAGUCUUCUUCAUCGCGACGUAUUCAAAGCGCUUAUUCGUCCCAAAUUAGUCCCCCAACUUGAAAAUUGGGAUAACGGACGUGGUGACGAGCGUUUCGCUCCAACUGUUUCGGAAUGUCAGGACCUAUGCAUAUCCGAUGAAACCUGUGUCCAAUUUCGAUUCACACCUGAGACUUGUCGGUUGUCUAGUUACGUUAGGUUCGGUAUCCCGACAGAGCCUCGAUUUGAAAUCACGUCGGGAUGGCUACCGGAUAGAAUUGAUCGACUUUAUGGGAAAUUUCAGUGUCGUGAGUAGUCAAUAUCAUCCUCCUGCGAGGGCUUGAAUUUUAGAACACAUGUAUUGUAUCACAGGACUAGUUUCUGUAUUACAC